AUGAAUUCAACAACAACAACAAAAACAAUCUUUGGAGUACUAUUAUUGGCUAUUACUAUUGGUUAUCUUGAAUCAUCAGUUGUACUUAGUACAAGAACAAUUACGGAAAAACAAGGUCGUGAUGUUGUAUUAUCAUGUCGAUUCGAAGGUCUUACCGAUCGCGAUCGAGUCAUGUGGUCAAAAGAUGGUGUUGUACUCUCUGUUAAUCAAGAAAUCUCAGGUGAUAAACAAAAAUAUGAAAUUAUAGGAAAAUAUGAUUUAAUUAUAAAAAUAAUUGCUGGAAAUGAUAGUGGACGAUAUCUAUGUCAAAACUUUGAUCAAGCUUUAUCAAUGACUAUUGUAUUAACGGUUUUAAGUAAGUAAAAAAAACAACUAAGAUCGUGUAACAAAAAAAACACAACCUUGAUCCCACACAACAUACACAUGUCUUUCUUAGGAUCAGACGAAAUUCGAUCUCAACCGUGUGUAUGUGUAUGUAGAUAGUAGACUUUGAUUUUAACGCACAUACAUUUAUAAAGCCUAAGGCAAUGAGUACUUUCAAUUUUCAAUUUAAACAUAUAUGUAUACGUAUAUGUAUAUAUAUAUGUAUAUGUUCAACUCAAUUGUGAGACACAAAAGAACAAGGCCAUAUCGGCGUAUAGAAUGAUAGUGAAAUUGAAGCCGAUCAAGCACGAAUAUGAAGACUAAUCAUACACACAUUGUCGUUUUCUUUUGUAUUAAAAAGAAAAGAAACAUUAUUAUUAGUAGAUGUAUAUUUUAUGUUCUGAAAGAAAAACAUCAAAAGAAAUAUUGAAUUUAUUUUCUUUUUUUCGUUCUGAGAUGAAGGCGCGACAAAUAUCCGGAGUAUAUUUCCGUGUCUAUGUUUAAUGGAAUGCAUGCGCGACGAGCAAAUAGUUAGAUUGUCUUUUUCUUCCCGAUGGGAUGCAGCAUAUAUGAAGGUCAUGACAAUGAUCGAUGUCUGGCCGUACUUCUAUUGUUUCUAUUACUGAUACUAAUCAAGGACAUGAAGGUCAAAAUAUAUGAACUGUUGAUGUAACAUUUUUU